AUGGCACCCAAAGUCGCUAUCGUUUUCUACUCGAUGUAUGGCCACAUCCUGAAGUUGGUCGAGGAGGAGGCCAGAGGUAUCAGAGAGGCCGGCGGUCAAGUCGACAUCUUCCAGAUCGAGGAGACCCUUUCCGCCGACGUCCUGUCCAAGAUGCACGCUCCCGCCAAGUCCGACUACCCUGUCCUCUCCGACCCCAAGACCCUUGAGCAGUACGACGGUUUCCUCUUCGGUAUCCCCACCAGAUACGGCAACUGGCCCGCUCAGUUCAAGGCCUUCUGGGACAAGACUGUAAGCUUCAUGACCGGUGCCUUCUGGGGCAAGUACGCUGGUGCCUUCGUUUCCACCGCCACCCCCGGUGGUGGUCAGGAGUCCACUGUCAUCAGCGCCAUGUCGACCUUCGUCCACCACGGCAUGAUCUUCGUUCCUCUCGGCUACAAGACCGUCUUCGGCACUCUUGCCGACCUCACCGAGGUCAACAACAGACAGGAGGCUGUCGGCGGUGGUGCACCGGUCACCGAGCCCAGUCAAACGGAACAGAAGGCACAACAGCAGCAGACUUCGACGGAGCCUCAACACAAGGAGGAACACGACAAGUCUGGUCCUUGUGGCUUGCCCGUCAAGUGCAUCCUCUCCUAG